AUGGAGUUCCCUCUGGCCCAGAUAUGCCCCCAAGGGAGCCGAGAAGCCCCGGCCAUAACCUUCAGCACCUUCCAGCCCCUGGACUUGACCCGCAGGGGCUGCCAGGGCCCCGGCUUGCUUCUGGGACCACGACUCCAGGCCCCCGAGGAAGCCUGGUCCAGCCCCAGGGGCCCAGCUGGCCAGGCUGUGGCACCUCUCCAGGCCCCAGGGGCUGCCUGCAGUCCAAAGGAUGUUGGGAAGGAGGAGGACCAAAGGGAAGAAGCUCUGUUCCUACAGGCCGAGACUCGGGCUUGGUUCCAGAAGACCCAGGCCCAUGAGCUCCUACAGCACGGGGCGGCCCCCAUCUGGUUCCACGGUUUCAUCACCCGGAGAGAGGCCGAGAGGCUGCUGGAGACUAAGCCUCAGGGAUGCUACUUGGUGCGUUUCAGUGAGAGCGCCGUGACCUUUGUGCUGACUUACAGGAGCCGGACUUGCUGCCGCCACUUCCUGCUGGCCCAGCUAGGGGACGGGCGCCACGUGGUGCUGGGCGAGGACAGCGCCCACGCGCGGCUGCAGGACCUACUGCGGCACUACACUGCGUGCCCGCUCAGCCCGUACGGGGAGACGCUCACUGAACCCCUCGCCCGCCAGACUCCUGAGCCCGCAGGACUGUCCCUAAGGACUGAAGAAUCAGAGUUUGGAAGCAAAAGCCAGGACUCACAGUUUCAGUAUAGCCCGAUUCUCAAAAAGGAGCAAAGUACAGCCCCCACGCAGAAAGAUGGAGCUGGGGAGCCAAAGCAGCCCUCCCAGUGGCCCAGGCCCAAGCCGCCCAUCCCCGCCAAACCUCAGCUGCAGCCCGAAGUGUACACAAGCCCUGCUCCGAGACCGCGCCCAGCCCUGCCGCCCAAGCCCUCCAACCCCAUCUACAACGAACCUGAUGAACCCAUCGACUUCUAUGCCAUGGGCCGUGGCAGCCCUGGGGAAGCCCCCAGCAACAUUUAUGGCAACCCUGAGGAAGCCUCCAGCAACAUUUAUGCCGAGGUGGAGGUGAGGGAGCCUGAUUCAAGGAGUGAGGACCCGCAGUUCAUCCUCAGGCAUGAAGUCCUACGGAAGUGCCAGUCCAGGCCUGUCCUAGGCAGCCAGAAUCCAGGUGGCCAGCAACUGCAUUCUGAGAACUCCGUGGCUGAACAAGGCCAUACUGUGCCCCACCGGCCCCUACCCCGCUGGGGUCACACUCUCCCCUACAACCUUUCUAGACAAGUGCUUCAGGACAGAGGACAGGCGUGGCUCCCCCUGGGGCCUCCUCAGUAG